AUGAUGUCUGCAAAAGACCUGGCUAAAGUAAUGGUUGUCUUGUUUGCAAUUUGUUUUCUUACCGAACUGGAAGGGAAACCUGUUAUGAGGAGAUCUGUGAGUGAAAUACAGUUUAUGCACAACCUGGGCAAACAUCUGACCUCAAUGGAAAGAGUGGAGUGGCUUCGUAAGAAACUGCAGGAUGUGCACAAUUUUAUUGCCCUCGGAGCCCCUGCUGCUCCCAGAGAUGGUGGGUCCCAGAGGCCCCGAAAAAAGGAAGACAACGUCCUGGUUGACAGUAAUCAAAAAAGUCUUGGAGAGGUAGACAAAGCUGAUGUGGAUGUAUUAAUCAAAGCUAAAUCCCAAUGAGAACACAUAGGAUCAGAAAA